AUGUCAACCACGGAAUCAGACACAUCAACCAAGCUACGGGUAGCUGUCAUUGGAGCUGGUCCAGCAGGCCUUGGUGCAGCCAUCGAAUUUGCCAAGUUGCCCUUUGUAGACGUACGUGUCUACGAACAGGCUCGGGAGCUGCGUGAAGUUGGCGCGGGAAUCAGCAUUCAACAAAAUACAUGGCGCAUGCUCGAUGCUUUUGGGGUGUAUGACAACAUCGAUCCUAAGAACUUGUUUCGCACGGCCGAUGGACAUGCGGUUCAGCAUCGAAACGGACGGACGGGAGAGUUAUUGUUAUCAAAAGGGCAAGAAGGCACGCCUCCACGUUAUCUCCAUGCUCGCGCACUGCGCUCCGUGCUCCAAAAAGCCCUCCUCAAGGGUGUCGACCAGUCCAAACUGCGACUGUCCAGUCAACUUGUAGAGGUCACCCAACUUCCCUCUGCUGCAUUCUUCCUCCGCUUCGAAGACGGACAUACAGACGAAGUGGAUCUUCUCGUUGGGGCAGAUGGUGUCCGAUCAGUGGUCCGACAAUUUGUCUACCCUGACCAUCGCUUGAAAUACAUCGGCACAACAGCAUACCGCGCUCUAGCAGACGCUCGCGACAUUCUCAGCAUCCCUGGAAUCCCGGACUCGGUAACCUUUUGGCAUGGACCAGCUGAUCGGCUAUACACCUGCAAUCUUAACAACAACGUCUACGAAAUUGCAGCUCGAGUACCUCAGACCGCAGACACAGCUCCAGUCAGUUGGGGGCAGGAUGCGAGUGUGGCGGAGUUUAGCUGGCGAUACAAGGACUUCUCCCCAAUGCUGCAAAGUGUCCUCGACAACAUAAAAGUAGUCAAGAAAUUUGCCCUCUUCUCCGGACCCCGACUGUCGAAGGUGAUCUCUCACGGCUCGAUCGCAUUGAUCGGGGACGCGUCGCAUCGCGCCGGCGCAGGCUUCGCACUGGAAGACGUUUACGUCCUCACCCGCGCAGUGAAAUGGGCUCACGACCGCGGACUUCCUAUCAGCGAUGGGCUGGAGCUCUUUGAUCGAGUUCGGGCUCCGCAUUAUGCGGCGAUGUACGAGAUACUAGACGGGUAUGCCAAAUCGGACGUGUCAGUCAAGGAAACGGAUAGCUUUGAUGAAGCAGUUUCUAUUAUCGUGGCAAACAAGUGGGACGAUAGUCAUGGUUGGUUGUAUAGCUACAAUGUUGAAGAAGCGUGGCGAAAGACACAAGAGGCUGAGGAUGCUCGUCGAGCGGAGGUCGAGCUGGCCGCUGGGCAUGGCGAGGGUUUGAACUCUCGCCUUUAGAUAGACACCCGACACGGGGAUACGUGGCAAGCUAGUUGCAUCGAUCUUUCUAUCACAGAUCUGCAACGGUGCAUGUGGGGAUGCAGGAACCCGACAUGGUGCAGGAUAUAGUUGUAUCAUGCAUGAACACGCCACCUGUGGCUUCACCUGAAAAACACAACUCGCGCAAG